CUCUCUCCUGCAGGUUCCCUAUAUAAACAUUCAGGGAAAUAAGAACUCUCAUUCGCUCUAGUGUCGUUGGCAUAGAGCAAACUGUGAUCCAGUAUGGACAGAAUGUCAUCAAGCAUGACGUCUAGUAUGACCGGGAUGGGGCUCGGAGGAAUCACGGGAUUAACCUCCGGGAUGAGUACGUUGAGCUGUGUUAGAGAACAGCAAAUUACGAUCGGCGGGAUGCCAUCUAAUUAUGUCCCGGGUCUAUCGGCGUCCUACAAUAUAUCAAGCUUCUGUCAUCGCCCGGGACUUACGCGCCGCGGUGCCAUGCAGCGACCUGGACCCUCGGCUCAGCAUCGUCCGGGGCGUUCGCACAGCACCGGCGCUUUGCACCGCAUGAAGCAUUCUUCUCGCAACAGCCCAAAUACCCAGUACACUCAUAAUCUCAUCUGCAAGUUAGCCGAUCAAAAUGAACGUCGUCGUCGCCACGAUACCAUGGAGUUAAUUCCGCAGAACUACUAUUCUCAACAGCCUCUAAAGGUGGAAUUAACUGAAUUCUAUUCUAGAGACAAUGCAAAGGAUCAUCAUACGGAGCAGUACGAGCUCGUGAACGAUAGCAUCUUGCCGAAUCCUGUGUUGCGCAGGGGGCAGAACUUUUUCUUCGCAGUUCGCUUCGAUAGAACAUACGACAAACAGCAGGAUGUAAUUCGUAUCGUAUUCUGCUUAGGUCCUAAGCCAAGCGUUACGAAAGGGACUCGAGUAGUGUUGUCUGUGAACUUGAAUACUCAACAAGGGGUCUUCCAACAUUCCCGUGAUAUGAUGGGGUUGGGGAUGGCGCGGAUGCAAGAAGCUACAACGACCAUAGCCCCGAUAGGGAGCAUGGGAACUAUUGGCACGAUGACGACAGUGAGCACGAUAGGCACCAUGCCCCCUAUGAGCGGUAUGCGUGAAACAACUACGUAUGGUGUCCGACGCAGCUCUUUCGGGAACGAAACGAUGCCUCUGCAGCAUAGCCCGCUCAGCCCACCGGGACCCAUGGACCGGCCGGUGAUCGAGCGAUACAGCGCUACGGCGCAGCACCCAUCGUUCGGUCGCAGUUACGGUUCGCGGCACGGAUCCCGCCAUGGCUCCUCGCAAAAUCUUACCUCUAUGACCCAUGAAAUGGAUAAAUGGGACGUAAGCGUUCAACGCCAAGACGGGAAUACUAUAACAUUCCAAGUCCACGUUCCGGCUAACGCUCCGGUGGGGGUGUGGAAUUGCUGGGUGCAAACGAACCGCACCGGCCAGCGCGACAAUCGCCACGACUACAAAUGCGAUGAGGACAUCUACAUUUUGUUCAAUCCCUGGUGUCGCGAAGACUCGGUGUAUAUGGACAAUGACGCUUUCAGAAAGGAAUACGUGCUUAAUGAGCAGGGUAAGAUUUGGUGCGGUACUUGGCGCCAGCCAAAAGGCCGCAAAUGGAUCUACGGCCAGUUUGAUGACGUUGUGCUGCCGGCUUGCAUGUACCUGUUGGAGCGCAGCGGCCUCGAGCAUUCGGAACGCGGUAAUCCAGUUCGUGUUUGUCGCGCCAUUUCAUCGAUUAUUAAUGCGAAUGCAGAUGAUGACGGUCUCAUGGUGGGAAGGUACGAUGGGGAAUAUAAAGAUGGAGUAUCGCCACAUGCUUGGACUGGUUCGGUAGCCAUCUUGGAACGUUACCUGACUGAUGGCGGUCGCCCUGUGGAAUACGGUCAAUGUUGGGUUUUCUCGGGAUUAGUCGUAACGAUUUGUCGAGCACUCGGAAUACCUUGUCGCUCCGUCACCAACUAUGUAUCGGCGCACGAUACAAACCGCACGUUUACCGUCGACAAAUACUUCGACCGCGACGGCAAUGAGGUGCCCAACGGCCCCGACGAGGAUUGCUAUGACUCGUGCUGGAACUUCCAUGUUUGGAAUGAUGUUUGGAUGCAGAGACCGGAUUUGCCGCAAGGAUAUAGUGGAUGGCAAAUUAUUGAUGCAACGCCCCAAGAAGAGGCGGAGGCAGUGUACCAUUGUGGCCCGGCCAGUGUGGAGGCCGUGCGCCGCGGGGAGGUCGGCUUCCAGUACGAUACGCCGUUUAUGUACGGCCAGCUCAACUCCGAGCUCUGUCACUUCCAGGAGGAGGAGAAUUCCGACUGGGGCUUCAUUAGGAUGGCGUCAAAUCAAUGCCAAGUGGGUCGAAAGAUACUAACCAAGAACCCGAGUCGUGAUGAUGAUGAGGGCGAAAGCGACUUGCUGGAGAUUACCCACGAGUACAAGAGCGUGGACAACUCGGGCCCCGACCGUGGCACUGUGAUCGCCUCCUGCCGCGGCUACCAGCGUCUGCAGCAGUACUACGAGUACCCUGAUCGUAACUUCGAUGACGUCUACUUCGAUCUUAUGGACAUUGAUGUCGUACCUUACGGGCAACCGUUCGAUUGUACCAUGAACAUCCAGAACAAGUCUCACGAAGACCGUACGAUUUUAUGCGUGCUGACUGCAUCCGCGUGUUACUACACUGGUGCCAUCGCAUCCCGGCUGCGACGUGCUCAAGGCGAGUUCAUAGUGCGCGCCGGACAGCGCGAGGUCCUCAAGCUGCACGUCACCCCGCAAGAGUACAUGGACAAGCUGGUAGACCAUUCGAUGGUGAAGGUGCACGCCAUGGCUUACGUCAAGCAGACGCGCCAGGCUUGGUCUGAUGAGGACGACUUCCCACUCAAUAAACCAAGGAUGCAAGUACAGGUAAGGAGCCAGCCUAGCGUGGGCCAGGAGUGUAGCGUGACCUUCAGCUUCCAGAAUCCAUUGACCGUUCAUCUCACUGACUGCUACUUUACCAUUGAAGGGCCUGGAAUACAAAGACCGCGGCAGGUUCGUUUCCGUGACGUGAAGCCCGGCGAGUUCGUGAACUUCCAGGACAAGAUGACGCCGCGGCGCGCCGGAGACCGCCACAUCGUGGCCACGUUCUCUUCGCGACAGAUGGACGAGAUCUUCGGUUGCGCAGCGGUGACCGUGCGUGGCUAGCUAGCCUCCGGGCCCCGGGCCUCCCCGCGCCCCCGCCCGGCGC